ACUUUUUCAUCGCAGCUCUUCAGCAAAUUCUUCAUGCAACAUGUGAGCCAGUUGCAUUGCAGGGCUUCUAUCGGCUAGAGUCUGGAGACUCAGUGGGCAUUGAACAAGGUAUGUCACAAGAUGCACUUGGACGUUCAAGUCUAGCCAAGUCUAGUUAAUAAGUGGCCUGGUUCACCUGCAAGUGAGGAGAGCGCGCCCAUCCCCUUGAACAAGCGCGCGGUUUCUGCACGCCAUGGCAGAGGAAAAGGCAGAAGAGAAGGUGGCGCUCCAGGACUCCAAGGUCGAGCGCAGCCGUCGGGCCUUGGAGCCCAUGCCGCACUUGCGGGCCCAAGUGGUCCGUGGCUUUGGCCGUGGAAGUAAGUUGUUGGGCUUCCCCACGGCCAACAUGAACGUGAGAUGGGAUUUCAUGGAGACUCCGGAGAAGUUGACGCCUGAGGAGCGAGAUGUGCUGGAUUUUGCCCGUAGCUGUGAGCCAGGCAUCUACUAUGGCUGGGCGCAGGGGAGCAACGGCGCAGACAGUGGUGUCUACAAGACCGCCAUGAGCGUGGGGUGGAAUCCGACCUUCCCCGACGUCAAGGCCAAGACCAUCGAGCCGUGGAUCCUCCACGAUUACGCGGAGGACUUCUACGACUGCGAGCUCCGCUUGAUCGUCUGCGGCUUCGUGCGGCCGGAGGCCAAGUUUGCAGACUUCAAAGACCUCAUCGUCGCCAUCCGCGAGGACGGCGACUUUUGCCGGGAGACGCUGGAGACCGCGGAGCUGGCGGCCAUCGCCAAAGACCUGUUCUUCGUCUCCAAAGAGGCAGAAGUGGCCUGAGAGGAGGGGAAAACCGUCUGGCAACCCCCCGCAGUCCUUUUUCCCGCCACGCGAACAGCCAUCGGCUUCACGAUGCUUGAAGGGCCUGGCAGCGAUUUUGUGCGGCGAUGCAA